CUUGCUGCUGGGGACCAUGCUUUUUUGCAGGGUUCCAGUCACACGGAAGAACAUAAGUACUGCACAACUAAGACACCAGACUCUGUGAAGGGCCACCCACAAAAAGGGAACAGGAAGAUUUGCUCUAAUUUAGGCCAAAGAUGUGGCUUUUCAUAAUUGUGAUAAGCUUGUCUCAAGGACUUAUAAGCGCAGAUACAUUUGGGCAAAGAAGAAAUGUUGAUCCAGAAACAGCUAUGAAUAUUAGUGAAAUGAUUUCCUUCAGAGGAUAUCCCAGUGAGGAAUAUGAAGUAGUGACAGAUGAUGGCUAUAUCCUCAGUGUUAACAGAAUACCUCAUGGGAAAGGCGGCCAGUGGAACAAAAAUCCUAAACCAGUGGUCUUUCUGCAGCAUGGCUUGCUUGCAGCUGGCAGUAAUUGGGUGGCAAAUUUUGGCUACAACAGCCUAGGCUUUAUUCUGGCCGAUGCUGGGUAUGAUGUUUGGUUAGGAAACAGCCGAGGUAAUACUUGGUCUCAAAAGCAUAAAUACUAUUCAGUGAAGCAAGAAGAAUUCUGGGAAUUCAGUUUUGAUGAAAUGGCUAAAUAUGACCUUCCAGCUUCAAUAAACUUCAUCCUUGACAAAACUGGACAAGAGCAAAUAUAUUACGUUGGCCAUUCACAGGGAACUACCAUUGCCUUCCUUGCGUUUUCAACAAUGCCACAACUAGCUAAGAAGAUUAAGAUGUUCUUUGCAUUGGCACCGGUAGCCACAAUAAAGUUUUCGAGCAGCCCUCUGACCAAGCUAGGAAAGUUUCCUGAUCUGUUGCUCAAAGAAGUGUUUGGAACUAAGCAGUUUUUGCCCCAGAAUUCAAUUAUAAGGUGGCUUGCUACUCACAUUUGCGACCACAUCUUACUUGAUGAUCUUUGCGGCAAUAUCUUCUUUCUAUUGUGUGGUUUUAAUGAAAGAAACCUAAACUUGACGCGGGUCGAUGUAUAUUCAACACACUGUCCUGCUGGAACAUCUGUUCAGAACAUGCUUCAUUGGGGUCAGAUGUCUAAGUCUGGGAACUUCAGAGCUUUUGACUGGGGAAGCAAGGCGAAAAACAUGGCUCACUAUAACCAGUCAACGCCACCUUACUACAAAGUACAAGAAAUGCAUGUGCCUACAGCUCUGUGGUCCGGUGGUCAUGACUGGCUUGCAGACCCAAAAGAUAUUGCCGUGUUACUGACUAAGAUCCCAAACCUAGUUUACCACAAUAAUAUUCCUGAAUGGGAACAUCUGGAUUUCAUCUGGGGCAUCGAUGCCCCACAGCGCAUGUACAAAGAGAUAAUUCAGCUGAUGCAGAAAAAUCCGUAGAUCUGUGGAGUGUUUGAAGCUGUAAUUGUGAAAUGCUUCUUCAGGGAGUCAGUGUGUGGCAUGUUGUCAUUUAAUUCACCAUGAAAAGGCAUUUCUUCUUUUAAAAACACGUACAGUACUAAUCUUUGUCUACAUGCAGUGCAGCAGUAUUGCAGGAAAUGGAAUUUUUGCACUCUUCAUUAAGUAUUUUAAACUCACACCGCCUCAGCAGAUGUUUUAAAAACUAUGUUGCCUCCUAUCAGGGAAAAUAAAAUUCCUUGCCUCAAACCUCCCAAAGCAAUGCAUACUUGGAAAGUAAAUCUGAUAUUUUAAAAGUAUCUGUGGUUGGGAGAAUAUGUUUUGUUAAAGGAGGAGCAGGAUUUGUAAUAUUAAUAACAUGGAAGAUUUUUAAAAUGGCCAGUCAUCUUGUCUUCCUGUAUGUAUAGUGUGUCUAGUGUCAGUAGCUCCAGCAGACGUUUACACAGUGAUUUCUUGACCUGACUCAUAGCAUGCUCCCCCCAAAAAGCCACACUUUAAUAUUGCAGCAUGCCACUUGCAAAUCCCAGGCUUUCCAUAGAAUUCUGAGAUUUGGAGCAUAUAGUCCACUUAUAAUGAAGUAUAUCUUUAGGACUUGUCAGGAAAAAAGGGCUUUGAAAACUGCCUUCUUACUAUGUAAUCAAAAUGCAAAUUAAGGUCAUGUGGCCUUAAUGAUCCAGUUCAAUCUUAGUACUUUCAGGACACACCUGUAUGUGGCCAGAGUGAUAUGUAUAAGAGAUGUGAAAAACAGCAAUAUUGAAAGAAGAAAAACGUGUGUAUGAUGUAACUGAUGCAUUUAUUUUGCUUCCAAUAUGACAUUUUUGUCGCUUAUGGGAUUUGCUUUUGGAAAAUAAGAUAAUUUUCAUCACUUACUAUAUUAGCAUCUUGAUUCUUAACGCAUUAUACUUGGAAAUAGGUUCUGUUAAUUCGUUUUUUUAGUUGAAAUUUGCUUCCAGUUAAGAAAUGCAAAUAGUGAGUAGGCGUGUACACUUUGGGGUUCCGAUUCGGAUAAAAUACCGGAAUCGGACCCAAUUUGUAAAGAUUCAGGAUUCCCGAAUCAGGGCCAGAAUGAUGGCCCCGAUUAGGAAAUCCUGAAUCAAAGCUUCCCCGAACCAUUCGGGUUGCUUUAGGAAGCUUCAGGCCAAGUUUAAAGGGCCCUUUCCCUGCCUCUUGCAAGCGGCAGGCCCCUUUAAACUAUUAGGUGGUGGGCAGAUCCCCCCCACUGCCUGCCAGCUGAUAGUUUAAAGGUCUCCUUUCCUGCUGCUUGCAAGCGGCAGGUCCCUUUAAACUAUCAGCUGGCAGGAUCCCCCCUGCCUGACAGCCGAUAGUUUAAAGAGGCCUGCCGCUUGCAAGCAGCAGGGCCCUUUAAACACUCCAAACCCCGCAAGUCCCAGCCCCCCCCACUUACCUUGGUUCUACUGCUGUGGUGGUAGAGGCCGUGGUGCAGCAGCGGCGGCUCCAGCCUUCCCUGCCACCCUGUGGUACCGCGCACCAGUGGAUCUGGGCUUCUCAGCCGCCCUGCGGGCAGCUGCAGGCCUAGAGGAGGUGGCGUGCUGGCAGCAGCAGCGGCUCCAGCCCUCCCUGCUGCGCUGUGGGGCGGGGCUGUGUGGUGGUGGAGGAGGUGGAAAAGGCCCUUCCUGCCCCCCUGAGGGGCAGGAAGGGCCAGAGAAGCUGGCUCCAGCCUUCCCCGCUUACUUCCGGGGCCGCUGCAGGCCUGGAGGAGGAGGCACGGUGGCGGAGGUGGCAGCUCCGGCCCUCCCUGCCACCCUACGGGGCUGCGCAGUGGUGGAGGAGGCAGAGAAGGCCCUUCCGGCCCUUCAAAUGGCCACCACGGCGGAGUGGUAGAGGAGGCGGUGCGGGCCCCGCAGGAACUGGCUCUGCGCUUCCAUGCCGCCCAGCUGGUCACUGCAGCAGCAGAGAAGCGGCGCAGGCCCCGCAGGAGCCAGCUCCGUGCUUCUGCGCCAUCCAGCUGAUCAGCUUCCCCUCUCCCUGCCUGUCCGGUAAGUGGGGUGGGGGUGGGGCAGAAGUUUGCUCCCCUUCCAGUAUGCUCCUAAUCUUUACGGAACAUACCGAAGCAAGCUGAAUACCAGAAUUUUGGUAAUUCUGGAUUUUCCCCCCGCUUUGGGUAAACCUGAAGUGGGAAACCCGAUUUUUUUGGCAGUGCACACCCCUAAUAGUGAGCACAUACUAGUAUAGUGGUGUAAGUUGUAAUUUGAUAACUGCAGUCUUUCAGCCCAGCCCAAACAUAUCCUGGCUUUCUUCCUUAAUGUCUCUAGCUCUGUGCACAUCUUGUAUCAUUUUCUGUAUCUCAAGCACGUUAUGAAAAGAAAUUUGAGUUUCCCCAUAGUUUAAACAUAGUUAAAAGUGAGGCUGUGUGGUUUGUGUGAACUUUGAAAAUUUUAAGCUACUGUUCUUAAAGAAACACAUCUGUUUCUCUGCACUGAUGAAAUGAGCUGCAAAGUUAGCUACCAAAGUUCUGUUGUUUCUUCUGUGCCUUGAUUCUUGCUUUUAAGAUGAAAACUGCUGCACUGAAUUAACAGCUGGAUAUAAGAUUGUCAGUGUUGUUGAGGGAGAUCUCUGCAUUGAUUUUUUAAAAAUUAACUCUUAUUGUAAUGUGUGUUCUAUAAUCAGGUCUAUAUUGAUCUGAAAGUGGAAGAUUUUAACAAAUUACCAUAAAUAUAUAUUUCUUUUUACUUUUGUGAGUCACAUGUUUUGAAUUUCUAAUAUAAGCCAUAUUGUACUAUGUUGAGAAAUGCAAUAAGAAAAUAAGAAUCAUGUUUAAGCACUAAA